AUAAAAAUUCGACCCCCGGUCACAACACUGUCGGGGCCAGUGUUGAAAAGCUACUUUUUAAACUAGCGUGCUGUAGGAAUAUUCCAUUUUUUUAGUCGCUACCUUUUUCGACGUGAAAAACCAAAGAGACGCCGGAAAAAUCAGAAAUGGCCAGCACAGACAUCCCGAUGGAGGCAGCCGUGGAAACGGCUACCGGCCUCACGCCCAAUUCAAACAAUGUGCUGAAGAAGGUGCCCGCCAGCGCCGGACCCGGAACGGGCGAGGAGGCGUCCGCCGCCAAUGAGAUGACGUCCCGCGAUUACUACUUCGACUCGUACGCCCACUUUGGCAUCCACGAGGAGAUGCUGAAGGACGAGGUGCGGACCGUCACAUACCGCAACGCCAUGUACCACAAUAAGCAUCUGUUCCAGGGCAAGACCGUCUUGGACGUGGGCUGCGGCACCGGUAUCCUGUCCAUGUUCGCCGCCAAGGCCGGCGCCGCCCAGGUCAUUGCCGUUGACUGCUCCAAUAUCAUUGAGUUCGCCCGCCAAGUGGUCAUAGACAACAACUUGCAGGACGUCAUAAAGGUGGUCAAGGGCAAGAUCGAGGAGAUAGAACUACCCAAUGGUAUUGAGGGCGUGGACAUUAUCAUAUCCGAGUGGAUGGGAUACUGCCUCUUUUACGAGUCCAUGUUGGACACAGUGCUGUACGCGCGCGACAAGUGGCUCAAGCCCAACGGUAUGAUGUUCCCGGACCGGGGCACACUAUACAUCACUGCCAUCGAGGAUAGGCAGUACAAGGACGAGAAGAUCAACUGGUGGGACGAUGUGUAUGGCUUCGACAUGAGCUGCAUCCGCAAGGUGGCCGUGACCGAGCCGCUGGUCGAUGUGGUGGAUCCCAAGCAAGUGGUGUCCACGUCCUGCAUGGUCAAGGAGGUGGACCUCUACACCGUGCAGAAGGCGGAUCUCAACUUCUCGUCCAAGUUCAGCCUGAUCAUCAAGCGCAACGACUUCGUGCAGGCACUAGUCACCUACUUCAACAUCGAGUUCACCAAGUGCCACAAGCGACUUGGGUUCAGCACGUCGCCCGACUCCACGUACACGCACUGGAAGCAGACGGUGUUCUACCUGGACGAUCACAUGACGGCCAAGAAGAACGAGGAGAUAACCGGGACGUUCCAAAUGAAGCCCAACGAGCGGAACAACCGCGACCUGGACUUUGUCAUCGACAUUAAUUUCAAGGGGGAGCUGUCGGAGAUCCAGGAAUCGAACACAUACCGCAUGCGCUAGGGGCUCAGAGCCCUCUGCCUCCGGAAAGGAUAUAAACAAUGACUAGACCUAAGGUUUAUUCCAGUGCGAAAAUGUGCAACGCCAACGAAUCUGUGUUGCCGCGUCUUCUCUCUCCCCUAAGUUUAAAGUGUGUACCUUUGUUAGUAUACCUAAUAUUUUUACAACUGUGCGCCUGUUUAAAUUAUUAUUCGAACAUACUUCUAAGGAAAGUUGUACAGUAGCACGUCAAUUCUCAUCAUAAAUAAACUGUGCCUCGCAGCACUUCCCCCUUUUUGCCGGAAAA